AUGUCAGACUCUGAGAAGCCAGCCGUUGUCUGUGUAUUCUGUGGCUCUGUCUCAGGAAACAGCCCGGUGCACAUGGAAGCUGCACGAAGCCUUGCCGAGGAGUUUCACAAGAACAAUGUCCAGCUAGUCUACGGCGGCGGCACAACAGGACUGAUGGGCGAAGUCGCUCGGGUCCUAGUCUCCCUCUCAGGUCCAAAGGCUGUCCACGGCAUCAUUCCACGCGCACUCGUCAAAGUCGCCACGGUCAGCGGGAUGCGCGAGCACCAGGGAACUUCCGACUCGAAGGCCGCCGGUAAGGCCGCCGAGCGGGUUGUUGACGCGGUCGAGGCAGAGGGCAUUCCCGAGUCCGAGUACGGAGUCACAACCAUCGUCCCUGAUAUGCAUACUCGGAAACGUCUGAUGGCCACCAAGGUGCUUGAGGGUGGCCCUGGAUCUGGCUUUGUUUCCCUGGCGGGAGGCUUCGGUACGAUCGAGGAGGUCAUGGAGAUGACGACCUGGAACCAACUCGGCAUUCACAAGGUCGGGGUUGUGUUGCUCAAUAUCAACGGAUACUGGGAUGGUCUUCUCGCCUGGGUUCGCAAUGCCGUUAAGGAGGGGUACAUCAGUGCCGAGAAUGGAGAGAUUCUGGCAGAGGCUAAGGAAGUUAGCGAGGUUUGGCCCAAGCUGUUGGCCUAUCGGGCCAGCAAUGGACGUAUGCAGCUGGAUUGGGGCCAGGAAUAA